AUGGCGAAGUUAACAUCGAAAGUUACGGACAGCUCGUCCUCAACUGGGGAUUCAUAUCUAAUAGUUAAACCCGUUUACUAUAUGGCAAAAUUAGUAGGUCUUUGGCCUCAAACUUUAAGACGAUCUUCACCUGGUUUUACUGUCCGGUGGAUCAUCUAUCUCAUGGUCGAGUAUAGUUUUAUCGGAUAUUGCAUCUACGUAAAUAGCAGUGUUCCUUUGUGGAGACAAUAUAUGAGCAAAAUUGGUUCCGGUAUUCUACUAUAUGGCUUACAAAUUCAUAUUAUACACGGCUUAAUAAUGGCCAUCGUUAUGAGCAUUUGCAAUCUGAUACAGCACAAAAAUAAAUGGUCAUUUUUGGAAUUGAAUGAGGAAGUUGCCGCCAUACUAGCAAGAGACUUCUACGUUAAUUUUCCCUUCAACACUCGAAAAUUAUUGCUGUACGGUGUUGUAGUCGGGCAGAACGCCUUACUUCUAACUGUAAUUCUAGGUUAUUAUUACAUAUUAGCGUUUCAGCUGAAAAUUAAAACCAAACUGCUAUAUGUAUCGUACUACAUUGUUAAUAUGACAUCUCUCAUAUUCACAAUAGAAUAUGUUUCACUAGUUUUUGCCGUUAAAGCAAGGCUAGUGACAAUAAACAGACUGCUGAAACAGUUCAUUACUGCAAAGAAGAAUUUAACGAUGAACAUCGAUGCGAAAAUACCAACGAUUGCGUACGAUGAAAUUUUCACCAUUUAUAACAAACCAAAAGAGGACUCAAACCGUAUAAAAGAUAUUCGCCAGAAUAAGUUUUCAUUCAAAUACCAUACAAAAAUAUUCCGAAAACUAAAGUUCUCCAAUCUCUUCAGUUUCGAUGACAUAGUUAUAAAUCAAAAUAAAAUCAACUACAAUUCUUCGUCAAUGAAAAUAAUUAAAUUCAUCGAAAAACUCUCCGGUUUGCAUUAUAAAACCUGCCAAGCUAUUCAGCUUCUUAACAGGAUAUAUUCGUUUCAACUGAUGCUUCAAUUUGGAGCGAUGUUCCUUUUUCUGGUCUUUGGUUUGUUUGCAUUAUACAAGGCAUUCAAUGUUAAUUCAGCACCGUUUAAAUUGAUGGCAACGGCGAAUGGAUUUUGGAUCAUAUAUUACCUAUUAACAAUAUUAAUGAUUAUAAAUACUAUGUCAUCAACGGUCGAUACCUGUUAUGAAACAGGCGAUAUUGUCCAUCAAAUUAUUCGUUGCAAACAAAAUACGUUCAGUAACGAAGUAAUUGAGAAGCUUUCAAUGUUCUCCUUACAACUGAAGAUGCGCGAUGUUUCGUUUUCUUGUGGGCUGUUUCGAUUUGACUGGCCGCUCUUUGCUUCGAUUCUAGCUGCUAUAGUGAUGUAUCUAGUUUUUCUAAUUCAAUUCGAUGUAUCACCAAUACAGGAUGUAGCCCAAGGAACAAUCGAGGAACAACAAGGAUAA